AUGGCAAUAGGGCUGGCUAGUCUGCUCAGUACCACGUCGAUCCUCGGCUUCAGCCUGGUUCCCCUCCUGGCCAUUGGCUUAACCGUGUUUCAGUACAAUCAGGCGGAUCCAGAAUCUCAUCCGACGAAUGUCCGCCAGUUACGGCGAACGUACGACUUUAUAGUGGUGGGAGGUGGAAGCGCAGGGGCGGUGAUUGCAUCACGGCUGUCCGAGGUGUCGAAUUGGACGGUGCUACUCCUGGAAGCGGGCCCCGAUGAAAAUGAAAUCUCGGAUAUUCCACUGCUGGCCGGUUACACGCAACUUUCGGAAUUCGACUGGAAAUAUCAAACCACCCCGCCGACUGGGUCGGCGUACUGCCUGGCGAUGAACGGGGACAGGUGUAACUGGCCACGCGGUAAAGUCCUCGGCGGAAGCAGCGUGUUGAACGCUAUGAUUUAUGUCCGGGGUAAUCGACACGAUUACGACAACUGGGCUCGUCUGGGCAACACAGGCUGGAGUUACGAUGAGGUUCUCCCGUACUUCCUCAAGUCCGAGGACAACCGAAAUCCUUAUCUGGCGAGGACACCGUACCACAGCACGGGGGGUUACUUGACCGUGCAAGAGGCACCGUGGCGAACCCCGUUAUCGAUCGCGUUCCUGCAAGCUGGCCAGGAGCUCGGCUACGAGAACCGGGACAUAAACGGGGCGAAUCAGACUGGAUUCAUGCUGACUCAAGCGACGAUCCGUCGCGGGAGUCGUUGUUCGACGGCGAAGGCGUUCUUAAGACCAGUGAAGAACAGGGAGAAUCUUCACGUAGCAAUGACCACGCAGGUUCUGAGGAUACUAUUCAACGAGGAGAAGAGAGCCACAGGGGUGGAGAUCCUCCGCGACGGCCGACAGCAAACUAUAAGAGUCAGGCGGGAGGUGGUGCUAUCGGCCGGGGCGAUCAAUUCCCCCCAGUUGCUGAUGCUGUCGGGUAUCGGGCCUAGAGAACACUUGACGGAGUUCAAUAUCCCGGUGAUAUCGGAUCUGAGGGUUGGCGACAACCUCCAGGACCACGUUGGCCUCGGCGGGCUGACGUUCGUCGUGAACGAACCGAUCAGUUUGAAGAAAGACCGCUUUCAGACUAUGCCUGUGAUGAUAGAAUACGUGUUGAACGAAAGAGGACCGAUGACUAGUCCAGGUGUCGAAGGUCUGGCCUUCGUGAACUCGAGGUACGCCGAUAAAUCGGGCGACUAUCCUGACGUUCAGUUCCACUUUGCUCCCAGCUCGAUCAACUCGGACGCUGGUGAUCAGAUCAAGAAAAUCGUUGGCUUGAGGGAUAGGGUAUAUAAUACCAUGUACAAGCCGCUACAUAACGCCGAGACCUGGUCCAUACUGCCGUUGCUACUCAGACCGAGGAGCUCCGGUUGGAUACGCCUCAGGAGCACAAAUCCUCUCGUUUAUCCUGACAUCAAUCCGAACUACUUCACGCACAAGGAGGACUUGGACGUUCUGGUCGAAGGUAUCAGGAUCGCCAUGCAACUGUCCAACACGACCGCCUUUCAAAGAUUCGGAUCCAGACCUCAUACCAUACGGAUGCCGGGCUGCCAUCGUUAUCCGUUCGACACGUACGAAUACUGGGAGUGCGCGAUUCGACAUUUUACGUUCACGAUCUACCAUCCAACUGGGACCUGCAAAAUGGGACCGAAGAGCGACCCGACAGCGGUCGUGGAUCCGAGACUGAGGGUUUACGGAGUGAAAGGUCUGAGGGUGGCAGACGCGUCUAUCAUGCCUGUGAUCGUCAGCGGAAAUCCGAACGCGCCUACGAUCAUGAUCGGGGAGAAGGCGAGCGAUAUUAUCAAGGAGGACUGGAUCCAAAAUACAUUAAUAUAUUAUUUUCUACUUCAAUCGUUUCUAUUCGCCUGA